AUGUGCAAAGCUCCUGUCCUAAAAUUACCUGCCUUUACAAAACCUUUUAAAUUAGAGUGUGAUGCUAGUGGAACAGGCAUAGGGGCAGUUCUAGUGCAAGAGGAUAGAUCAGUGCACCCUUUCAUAUUAUACACUAACCAUGAAUCUCUUAAAAACAUACAUGGCCAACAAAAACUCAAUCCUAGGCAUGCUAGAUGGGUAGAAUUUUUGCAAACCUUUAAUUUUUCAGCCAAAUACAAGACUGGGAAAACUAAUGUCAUAGCAGAUGCCCUAAGAAGGAGACACAGCUUGUUGGCUAUCCUUGAAGCCAGAAUCUUGGGGUUUAAAAUAAUCAAAGAACAAUAUCCAGGAGACCCUGAUUUCAACAUCCUUUAUACAGCUUGUUUAACGGAACCUCAAGGAUUAUUUUACAUACAACAAGGAUUCCUUUUUAAAGGAAAUAGAUUAUGCAUACCUAAAACACCCCUAAGGACUUUGUUGAUUAAGGAGGUGCACGAGGGAAGUUUGGCUGGGCACUUUGGGAUUCAGAAAACCCUUUACAUGGUCAGUCAACAUUUCUAUUAG